AUGAAGCCCAUAUGGACAAGCAGUACAUCAAACCCUAUUCGUGUAUUUAUGUUUGUUCCGAUGAUUUCUGAAAUCUCGGUGAAGACAUUAACACACCUUCUGGAUGACAAGCAACUUCUGGAGCAGUUGAAAGCUGAAAAGUUUGACGUCGCGAUUACCGAGCUCUUCGACUUUAUUUAA